CAUACAUACAGUACAAUAAUCUACGAUUCACAAAAUAUAACCAACAGAAAAAUUCACUCUUACUUGUGAAAAGUAAUCCCCGUGACGUGUUUCCCACGGUCCGCCGCCUUCUUCCUUGUUCUUUCUGCUGCUCAAAGAGGAGCAGACGACCGGUUCAAGAUGGCGGCCGAAUUUCCUGCUCCGCGGCGCCCAAUGCGGCAUCUAUUCACCCACCGUAUCUAGGGCUUCUCUUGCCCCGCGAAUCCGAGAGGGGAACGGUCGAAUGUUCGGAAUAAAGGUCAGCGGCGUUCCUCCUCGACAAUAUAAACCGGUGACAUUUUAACUUCUGCUUACGUUGUGUUGCAGUGUUAAUCUUUUUCGCGCCGUUUUUGCUGGAAUGAAAGGAUCUAAGCGUGCAGCGAAAUAAGCUUCUAAGACUAAGCUUUUAAAACUUGAAGGAAUUGCCAAGCACCUGCCAUGGCGGAGCUGAGCGGGAAGGUCCAGACCGUGCUGGGUCUGCUGGACCCGGACCAGCUGGGCCGCACCAUGACCCAUGAGCACCUGACCAUGACCUUUGGGUGCAGUUACGUCCCCCCGCCGCCGGGCGAGGAGAAGAUUGCGGAGGACCCCUUCCACAUGCAGCACAUGCACUGGCUCAGGCAGAACCCGUACAGCUGCCACCAGAACCUGCUGCUGCAGCAGGAGACGGCCGCCGUGCGCGACGAGCUGCUGGCCUACAGGAAGGCCGGCGGGGGUGCCAUCGUGGAGAACACCACCACGGGCAUUGACCGGGACUUGCCCACCCUGAGGAAGUUGGCCAAGGAGACGGGGGUCCACAUUGUGGCGGGGGCCGGCUACUAUGUGGACUGCACGCACAGCGACGCCACCAGGAAGAUGAGUGUAGAGAAGUUGACCGAUGUCAUCAUCAGCGAGGUUCUCCAUGGCGCAGACGGCACCAACGUCCGCUGUGGCGUUAUCGGCGAGAUCGGAACCAACUGGCCCAUCACAGAGAGCGAGAGGAAGGUGCUGAAGGCCACGGCGCACGCUCAGACCCAGCUUGGCUGCCCCGUCAUCAUCCACCCCGGGCGCAAUCCCACUGCUCCGGCUGAGGUGGUGCGUGUUCUCCAGGAGGGCGGAGGUGACAUCGGCAAAACCGUCAUGUCUCACCUGGACAGGACCAUCUUCAGUGAGGCCGAACUGCUGGAGUUUGCCGAGCUGAGAAGUUACCUGGAAUACGACCUGUUUGGAACCGAGAUGCUCAACUACCCUUUCCACUUGGACGUAGACAUGCCAAGCGACAGCCAGAGAGUCAAGACCUUGGCAUUCCUUGUAAAAGAGGGCUACGAGGACAAGAUCGUCAUCGCGCACGACAUCCACACCAAGAACCGCUUGACCAAAUAUGGCGGCCACGGCUACUCGCACAUCCUGACUAACAUCGUUCCCAAGAUGCUAACCAGGGGCAUCACGCAGACGCAGGUGGACAAGAUCCUGGUGGACAACCCCAAACGCUGGCUGGCCUUCAAAUAAAUGGCGAGGCAGUUUUUGAAUUUUUUUGUUCGUUUUUUUUCAUGGAGCAAUACAUUUACUUUAGAACCCUUCAAUAAAUCAAGUCUUUGAAAAAGAA